ACUUUUUUCUAUCCAAGUACUCUUGUCACUGUGCUUCGAAUAUUACGCUAGGAAAGGCUUCAAUUAAUCCAUGGCAACAGCUUUUUUCUUCUUCAUUUUGAUAGCAACAUUCAACCUCUCACUCUUACGGGUUUCUUCAUUCGAACCUGCACCCCUACAAGAUUUUUGCGUAGCCGAUCCUACCAACCUAGUUGCAGUAAGAGUCAACGGCAUGGCUUGCAAGAACCCUAUGUUUGUCCAAGCCGAUGAUUUUUACUAUGGUGGGCUCCACAUCGCCGGUGAUACAAGAAACUCUUACGGGUAUAAAGUUACCCCGGUAACGGUAUAUCAAAUACCGGGACUCAAUACUCUUGGCCUCUCAUUGAUCCGGAUUGACUACGCACUAUGGGGAGCCAACCCACCACACACGCACCCUCGAGCAACUGAGAUAAUCAUGGUUCUAGAGGGAACUCUUCAAGUCGGAUUCAUUACAUCAGACCCACAGAAUCGACUUAUUACGAAAGUUCUUCAAAAGGGUGAUGUAUUUGUGUUCCCCGUUGGACUUGUUCAUUUUCAGAGGAAUUUAGGUCAUACGAAUGCAAGUGCUAUUGCUGCUUUGAGCAGUCAAAACCCGGGGCUUAUUAGCCUCACAAACACGAUAUUUGGAUCUACUCCACCGAUUUCAAAUGAGAUUCUAGCACAAGCGUUUCGUGUUGAUAACAAAACAGUGAAUCACCUGAGAAGGAAAUCCAUGCAUGUGUGAAAAUUGAAACUUAGAAUUUGUGUUUGAGUGUUGGUUAUUCUAGAUUGGUUGCAAGGAGUCUUUGAUCCCAGCGCGUUUGAUAUUAAUCUAGACAUUAUAUUUCAUACUUAUGAUAAUAAAGUUUAUA